AGACCACUACCAAUCGCACUCACCGCAUGCACGGACUCAUCAAAACAAACACCCAUUUUACUCUCUCUCUCUCUCUCUCUACAGGUACAGCUCCGAGGUUCUGAAGAGGAGAGAGUCACUCUUUCUCUAUCUACACUCUCUCUACUACGGCAUGCUGUAAAAGAGAUGGAAGAAAGUCCCUCAUCAACAGUUUGGGGUGGGAAGAUAACUGGAAUCAAGUUUGGUUUGGCUACUUGUCAGGAAAUUUGCACAUCAUCCAAUAGUGAUUUCCCUAUAAGCCAUGCUAGUCAGCUUUCAAAUCCGUUCCUUGGUUUGCCGCUUGAAUCUGGAAAAUGUGAAUCAUGUGGUGCUGCGGAACCCGGGACAUGCGAAGGUCACUUUGGGUAUAUAGAAUUACCAAUUCCAGUAUAUCAUCCUUCCCAUGUGAGCGAACUAAAGCGGUUGUUGAGCCUGGUUUGCUUUAAGUGCUUGAAGUUGAGAAGUGGGAAGUUUCAGGUCAAGAACAUUGGUAUACUUGAAAGGGCUUUGACCUCAUGUUGUGAGGAGGCUGCUCAAAUUUCUAUCCACGAGGCUAAAACAGAUGAUGGAGCAUGUUACUUGGAGUUGAAACUACCAUCUAAGUCGAGAUACCGAGAUGGCUGCUGGAAUUUUUUAGAAAGAUAUGGUUACAGAUAUGGUGAUAACUAUUGCCGACCUCUUCUUGCUUCUGAGGUGAUGAUAAUUCUGAAAAAAUUACCUUCUGAGACUAAGAAGAAGCUUGCUGGGAAAGGUUACUUCCCUCAAGAUGGCUAUAUCUUGCAAUAUCUACCAGUCCCUCCAAACUGCUUGUCUGUGCCAGAUGUGUCUGAUGGAAUUACUGUCAUGUCUUCGGAUCUUUCUAUCACAAUGCUUAAGAAAAUUCUGAAGCAAGUUGAGAUUAUCAAAAGUUCUAGGUCUGGGACACCAAAUUUUGAAUCACAUGAAGUUGAAGCGAAUGAUUUGCAAGCAGCAGUUGCACAGUACCUUCAAGUCAGGGGUACUGCCAAGGCAUCUCGUGACAUGGAUACACGAUUUGGGAUUAACAAAGAGCAAAACGAUUCUACUACUAAAGCAUGGCUUGAGAAGAUGAAAACCCUAUUUAUCAGAAAGGGUUGUGGAUUCUCCUCACGGAGUGUUAUUACAGGUGAUGCAUAUAAAGGAGUCAAUGAGAUUGGACUGCCUUUUGAAAUUGCUCAACGGAUAACAUUUGAGGAGAGAGUUACUCAAUAUAACAUGCAGUAUCUGCAGAAGCUGGUUGAUGAAAAGUUGUGUUUAACCUAUAGGGAUGGUUUGUCAACCUACUCGCUGAGGGAAGGUUCGAAGGGGCAUACUUUUUUAAGACCUGGUCAAGUGGUACAUCGACGGAUAAUGGAUGGGGAUAUUGUUUUCAUCAAUAGACCUCCGACAACGCAUAAACAUUCCCUGCAAGCUUUGUCGGUUUAUGUUCACGAUGACCAUACAGUCAAGAUCAACCCUCUUAUAUGUGGGCCACUUAGUGCUGAUUUUGAUGGGGACUGUGUCCAUAUAUUUUAUCCUCAAUCCCUCGCUGCCAAAUCAGAGGUUUUGGAACUGUUCUCUGUAGAGAAACAGUUGCUUAGUUCUCAUAGUGGCAAUCUCAACUUGCAGCUGGCCACUGAUUCAUUGUUGUCUCUAAAGAUUUUGUUUAAGAACUACUUCUUGGAUAGAGCAGCUGCCCAACAAUUAGCGAUGUUUGUGUCAAAUUCCUUGCCACAACCUGCUUUAUUGAAGACUUAUACAUCCGGCCCUCAUUGGACUGCUUUACAGAUACUACAGACUGCUCUACCUCGUUGCUUUGACUGUAGUGGGGAGAGACAUUUAGUUUGUAAAAGUGAAAUAUUGAGCAUAGAUUUUAGUAGAGAUGUAAUGCAGUCAAUUAUUAAUGACAUUGUUAGCUCUAUUUGCUUUGAGAAGGGCCCGGAUGAGGUUUUGAAGUUCUUUAACUCUUUACAGCCUUUGCUCAUGGAAAAUUUAUUUUCAGAAGGUUUCAGUGUUGGUUUGGAAGAUUUUUCCAUUUCUAGAGUGGUCUUAGAAAAUAUCCAGAAUGGUAUUCAGGAUAUUUCGCCAUUGUUGUAUCAGUUGCGGUUGACUUAUAAUGAACUGGUUGAGUUGCAAUUGGAGAAUCAUUUGCGGCUUCUAAAAGUUCCUGUUGCUAAUUUCAUUCUGAAGUCAUCACAAAUGGGUAAUGUAAUUGACUCCAGGAGUGAAUCAGCCAUUAGUAAAGUGGUUCAACAAAUUGGGUUCUUGGGGUUGCAACUUUCAGAUAGGGGGAAAUUUUACUCUAGGUCCUUGGUUGGGGAGAUGGCUUCUCUUUUCCAGAACAAGCAUCCUUUUCGUGCUAAAUACCCUUCUGAGGAAUAUGGGUUGGUGACAAACUGCCUCUUCCAUGGAUUGGAUCCAUAUCAAGAGAUGGUUCAUUCUAUCUCUGCCAGAGAAGUAAUUGUCCGUUCAUCUAGAGGGUUGACGGAACCAGGAACCCUAUUCAAAAAUUUAAUGGCCAUCCUUCGGGAUGUUGUUAUCUGUUAUGAUGACACUGUGAGGAAUGUUUGCAGCAAUUCAGUUAUUCAAUUUGAUUAUGGGGUUAAGCCUGGAUCUAAGAGUGCCUUUGCUGCUGGUGAACCAGUUGGUGUAUUGGCUGCAACUGCUAUGUCGAAUCCUGCAUAUAAGGCAGUUCUUGAUUCCUCUCCAAGUAGCAAUAACUCAUGGGAGAUGAUGAAGGAGAUACUGCUUUGUGCAGUCAAUUUCAAGAAUGUUCUUUCUGACCGCCGGGUAAUAUUGUACUUGAAUGAUUGUGAUUGUGGGAGAAAAUAUUGUAGAGAAAACGCAGCAUAUCUGGUGAAGAAUCAGUUGAAAAAAGUCAGCCUAAAGGAUAUUGCUGUGGAAUUCUUGAUUGAGUUUAAUGGGCAGCAAACAAUGCAUGGGAGUUCUGAAUUUGAUGCUAACCUUCUUGGUCAUAUUCAUCUCAAUAAGGAACUGUUCCAAGACCUGAACAUAAGUGUGCAAGAGGUUUGUGAGAAAUGCCAAGAGACUAUUGAUAGAGUCCGGAAAAAGAAGAAAAAAGUUGGUUAUCUCUUCAAGAGAAUGAAGUUAUCUGCUAGUGAGGGUUGUUCUUUUGGACAUGUUUGUGAUAUUGACACGCCAUGCUUGACAUUCUUUUGCCAAGACGCAAAUGAUCUUCAUUUAGAGAAGACUUCUAAAAUUCUUGCCGACAUAAUUUGCCCGGUUUUGUUAGAAACAAUUAUAAAAGGUGACCCGCGGGUUUGCAUGGCAAACAUCAUUUGGAUUAGUCCUGACACAACCACUUGGAUAAGAAACCCUAGCAAGAGUCAGAAGGGUGAAUUGGCUUUGGAAGUUGUCCUGGAGAAAGAGGCUGUUAAGCAGUCUGGGGAUGCUUGGAGGACCGUCUUGGACUCAUGUCUUCCUGUCAUUCAUCUGAUUGACACGAAUCGGUCAAUACCCCAUGCAAUAAAGCAAGUUCAGGAACUGCUCGGAAUUUCUUGCGCUUUCGAGCAAGCUGUUCAGCGCCUCUCAACAUCAGUGUCUAUGGUUGCAAAAGGUGUGCUUAAAGAGCAUCUUAUUCUCUUGGCCAGUAGUAUGACAUGUGCUGGGAAUUUGAUUGGUUUCAAUUCUGGUGGUAUAAAAGCAUUAUCUCGAUCACUAAAUGUCCAAAUACCGUUUACAGAGGCGACAUUGUUUACACCAAGAAAAUGCUUUGAAAGGGCUGCUGAAAAGUGUCAUGUCGACUCUUUGUCUAGCAUAGUUGCCUCCUGUUCUUGGGGCAAACAAGUUGCUGUUGGCACAGGUUCUCGAUUUGAUGUCCUUUGGGACACGAGAGAGGUUGGAAUGAAUCAACAGGAUGGAAUUGAUGUUUAUAACUUUCUGCAUUUGGUGAGGAGCAGUUCAAAAGAAGCGGAAACAAACAGCGCUUGUCUUGGUGCUGAAAUUGAUUAUAUUGAACUGGAUAGUGAAAUGGUGGAUUGGGACCUGUCACCAGAGCAUAGCUCUUGUAAGCCUGUCUUUGAAGAUAGUUCUGACUUUCCAGAUGACUUAGAUAAUAAUCAAGUGGUGGAUGGGGGUUGGCCUAGUGAAUCUAAGUGGGAGAAAGUUUCAUCUGAAAAUACCAAGUCCAGUGGGAAGGAGUGGGAUGUGGGUAAAAGAGAUAAUUGGGGGUCAGGGCCUACGGUGUCAAAACCAACUGGUUGGUCCAAUUGGGGGGCUGAGACAGUCCAGUCAGAAGAUGUAGAACAGGUAACUCAGUCAAAAACUUCUGUUGCUUGGGGUUCUUCCAGUACUGAGGAGAGUAAAGGGCAUGAGAAUGAGUCACCUGCCAAUAUUUGGAGUUCUAAUAAAAACAAUGAGUCCAAUGGUAGCAAGGUGUGGGCAGUUGAAAAAAAACAGAAUUUGGGGGAGGACACAAUGUCAAAGGCCAAUGGUUGGGGGUCCAGUAGAGGGGGUUGGGGGGGUAAUGCAGUUCAGACAAAUGACGUGCCUUCUUCAACAGCACAGAAAACAGAAACUCAGUCAAAAGCUUCCCUUACCUGGGGCUCUUCAAAUAGUGAUGCUCUGGGUAAAGAAUUUCAAUCUCCAUCAGGAAAGAAGAAAGAGUCACCUUUCAAUUCCUGGAAGUCCAGUCAAAUUGACGACUCUGGUAAGGGAUGGGGGGUUGAAAGAGAAACAAGCUCAAAGCCAAGUGGUUGGUCCACUUGGGGGACUAAUAAAGUUGAGAUAGACGAAGUGCCCAAAAUAAAAGCACAGGAAACAGAAUGGGCAGCUCCCUCAAAAACUUCCCUUGACUGGGGCUCUCCGUCAGGAAAGCAAAAAGAGUCACCUUUCAAUUCUUGGAAGUCCAGUCAGAAUGAUGACCGUCAUGAUGUCAAGGAAUGGGGGGUUGAGAAAAAACAAAAUUUGGGGGCUGAAAAAACUAUCUCAAAGGCAAGUGGGUGGUCCAGUCAGAAUGAUGACUGCAGUUCUGGGAAGGAAUGGGUGCUUGACAAAAAACAAAAUUUGGGGGCUGAAAAAGAGGCAAGUGGGUGGUCUGGUUGGGGGGCCAAUACAGCGCAGACAGAGGAUAAACUCUCUACCAGACCACAAGAAGCGGAACAGCUAUCUCAGUCCAAAACAUCUGUUGCUUGGGGUUCAGGGGAUGAGGGCCCGGGUACAGUUGAACUGCAAUCUCAGACAGGACAGCAGAAAGAAUCUGCUGGUAAUGUCUGGAGUCCCAGUCAAAAUGGAACAAAUGAACAGUCAAAUCAAUCAACAAGCAUAAAUGGUUGGGAUUCUGCAAAUAGUGGUGGUACCAAUGCAAGUGAAAAGGUUCAGUGGGGUCAGGCGAGACGGUUUCCUGCUAAGAGAGAGCAGAAUACUGGAGAAUGGAGAAACAAGGCAAGUGCUAAUUUUACCGCAACCAGACAGCGAUUGGAUAUGUUCACAUCAGAGGAACAGGACAUUCUUUUGGAUGUUGAACCUAUUAUGCAGUCGAUCAGAAGAAUAAUGCAUCAGACUGGGUACAAUGAUGGGGAUCCGUUGUCUGCUGAAGAUCAGUCCUAUGUGCUUGACAAUGUGUUUGGUCACCAUCCAGAUAAAGCUGCAAAGAUGGGAGCUGGAAUUGACUAUGUCAUGGUUUGCAAGCACAGCAGUUUCCAGGAAAGCAGGUGCUUCUACAUUGUAUCAACGGAUGGUAACAAGGUAGAUUUUUCCUACCGUAAAUGUCUAGAGAACUUCAUCAAAGGGAAGUACCCUGACAAGGCCGAAGCUUUCAAUGGAAAGUAUUUUAAGAAACCUCAACCUCGACCUGCUUCUGGUUCUGGUCCUGGUUGGAAGAGGGAACGGAGUGUUGCUCCCGAGGAAGCUUCUGGAUCUGAAAAUAGGCACAGGGAACGUAGUGUUGCUCCAGAGGAAGCUUCGGGAUCUGAAAAUAGGGAUGUUGAACGUAGUGUUGCUGCAGAAGCUGCUGGAUCUGAAAAUAAGCAGUAGACCGAUGCCUAUUCUUGUGAUUAUUUUGUUUGUAUGUUUAUGCAGAGAGAUUUGUUGGAACUUUCUGCGGUUUCGUUUUUCUAAUGUAAAACACUUCCAUCAUCUGCUUUUUUGAUUUGUAUAUACGAAGCAGAUGUCUUGUGGAAACAUUUGAACUGAAACCAACCCUAACUGACCUCUGCCUCCUCGUUUCGUAGUUGCGAUGUAUUUAUUUUCUUGUUUAAAUACCCCGUUUAGUUUAUUUUCUACGCUUAUCCUU